UAUCAUUCUUGUUUAUAGUAGUCAUAAGUUGAUUUUAGAAGUAAAGUUUUAUUAGAAAUUGCCAAAAUAGGGAUAAAAAAUGAAUGUCCUUAGAUCGUAUAUAAGUCGAGGUAAAAGUGGUGUACUUCAAAUUCCCGAAGUUAUUGGUCCUCGUUUCAUACACACUACCGCUAUCCGUAAAACGUUUUGGGAAAAAGAGAAGAAAUCGGGUUAUACAAGUAAUGUAACACUGCCUUCCAGAAAGGAUCUAAUUGUGGAAGGUUUUCGCGAACUUAAAAAAGAGAUACAACUAUGGAAAGAUGAAAUGAAAGAAAAAUUAGAUUGCGACCCAAUACUUGUUUACCGUCCUGGUGAAACGGAUGUGGUUUUCAAUUUUAAAAAUGAAAGUGCUUUCGAUACUUGGAUCGUGACAACGGAUGCUGAUCACCGGGAAGGCAAAAGUACAGCAAAGCUGGAAAUGAGCUCGGGAGGCGCUGGGCUGUUUCAUGGUAAUGUAAAUUCUGAACAUGUAAGAGAUGGUAUUGUAAAGCGAACCGGCUAUGCUAAUAUCCGAACAAAACGAGUGCGGCGGUCUUUCAAACGUGAGUCAACAUAUGACUGGACUCAAUAUAAUACCCUCGUAAUGAAAAUACGUGGAGAUGGACGUAGCUAUCUUAUUAAUCUUCACACGGAAGGCUAUUUUGAUCUACAAUGGAAUGACGUAUAUCAUUAUGUGCUUUUUACUCGAGGUGGGCCUCAUUGGCAAUUAGUUAAGAUCCCAUUUUCAAAAUUCUUCCUCUCAUCGAAAGGCCGAAUACAAGACAGGCAAGGACCAAUUCGUUUAGAUCGUGUAACUCAUUUUGGAUUCUCAGUAGGGGCUAAAAAUAAUAUGGAUGGUCCUUUUCAAUUGGAAAUUGAGUAUAUAGGUUUGGAAUUCGAUCCUAAUCACCGCGAGGAAUUUGCUUAUGAAAUGUACAAAACUGAUAAGUACAUUGUUGCGACUUAAACACAUUUGGAAUCACAUAACAAAUUGUGUUUAAGGCACAAAAAAUAUUGUUUGUUAUGUAAUUUGCUAAGGAAAUAAUUAAUAUUGAAUUUGUUGUCGAAAUAAAUAAGUUAUAAAAGUGAUUUAAUUUAUUUUAUAAACUGUUAGUACAAAGUUGUGGAAAUAAAAUUCACUCACGUUAAAAAUCAACCCUGA